AUGGUGGUGUCUAAACGGUUCAUCUUUGGCUUGAUGAGCCUUCAUCUGAUGAUGGGUUGCUCUGGUGGUAACGAGAUGUGUAAGGCCUCCAUGGGGCAUGGAUGGGCAUGUCCCCCAACUUGGUACCAGUGGGGACGCAAAUGCUACAAAGCCAUCACUGAGCGCCUGACAUGGUCUGAGGCAAAAGAUGAGUGCAUCAAGAUGGGAAGUGUCUUGGUCGUGCCACAGUCUCAGGAGGAAACUGAGUUCCUGGUCCAGCUACAGCAAUCCCACUUUUGGAUCAACUGCAAUGAUCUCCAGGAAGAAGGUUGGUUGAAAUUUUGAAUUUACAAAAUAUCAACAAAUUAAUACCAGAACAUUGUGAGCUUGUUUGUUUUGAAGAAUCAUACCGGUACUUGGCAAUUCCCACCUCUGUAUUGAUUUCCGUUCUGUUUUUUUUACAAUAGGUACUUGGAAG